AUGUCUGCACCUUCUGACGUACUCAUGCCCAGUGCCAGGAAAGACUUGGAUUCGAGACAUCGUGGGAGCAUGGAGCUACAAGUCACAGCUGCUGUGGCAGCGGCGGACAAAGAGGAGGUGAGGACCUGCAAGUGCAACAAACUGCAGCGAGCAGAACUCGAAGCAGAGCGGGCAUGCGAUGCCUCCAGUAACGGUGCCGCCUGCGCUGAUGGGGCGGACUGGACCACGCAAGACGAUCACGACACCGAUCAUGACACACUGGAAGAGGAACCUGAUGCUACCAGCCUUGAGGAGGCCCCUGCAGUCAGAGCUGCCGCACAAUCCGGUCGAUGGCACCAGGCCGCUUUACGUGGAAAGGCUGCGCAAGCCUCUGCAGCCCAACAAUCUGCUACAGCAUGGAUGCCGACAUUGAGGCAUUUGCAAACAACAGACGCGACAAUGCCGCUGCUCAGGCAAAGGAGGGCUGACCCGCAAUGA